UAUCACAUAGACAGAUUGUACAGAUUUAUCAUUAGGUAAAAUAGUAUUUGAAGUAAUUAAUAAUUUUAUGAGGAAGUUGAUCUUACACUUAAUAGCAAUUAAAAAUACAAGAAUUGCUUCUGUUUACAUAAUGUCUUCUCGAGAUAAAACAUUAAAAGUAGGUGAUACUGUAGUAACAAAAUCAAAACAGGGCAUAAUAAAAGAAGGAGUUAUUCUAAAUGUUAACAGAAGAUACUGUAAAGUUGAAUUCCCCAAUGGAAAUGAAGAACUUUUUCCAAGAAAAGAUGUAAAAGUCGUUGAAUCUGGCAAUAAAAGAAGAUCAACAUCUCAGAAUAGAUUAAAAAGAGAUCGGAAAUCUAAAAAGACCUUAUCCCGUUCUGAAUCUAGUUCUCGUUCUCGAUCACGAUCAAGAUCACGUUCACGUUCCAAAAGUGUCACUAGAAAUAUUGAAAAUAAAAAAAUUGUCCGUACUUUAAAACGAAAUAACAUAUCUACAGGAAGUGAUGAAUUUGAUAGCCAUGCUGUUAUUAAUAGAAAAGACCCACACUUAGUUGCAAGAUCAUCUGCACGUGUUUCUGCUAAUAAAAAAUCUGAUUCAUCUCGACAUUCAACACCAAAACCUGUAAUUGAGCCAAAAAUAUUAAAUCUAUCUUCAGAUUCUGAAACAGAACUAUUGGAUAAAAGUAGAGAAAUUUCAGCAAUAGAAAAAGAAUUAGAAGAAGAAAAACAAGAAAAACCAGGAAUUAAAUUUCAUUUAAUGAUAUUAUGGUUACUCCAAUUUUUAUUCUUACCUACAAUUGCUGUUUUACUGUUUUUAUGUACAAAGACUCAUUGUACAUUAAAAACAUUUCCAAAUUUUCCAAAAGAUCUGCAUUCUUAUUUUGAUUUUAAAAUAGGAGUAAUAUAUGCUGCAUGGAUUUUACUGCAAACAGUUUUUAUGUUUUUACCAUUUGGUAAUUUGAUAAAAAGUUUUUCGUUAUCAGCCAAAAAAACAGAAAUUGCCAUCAAAUAUCGUUUAAAUGGUUUUAUUACACUUCUCAUUUCAUGCAUAAUUGUUGGUGUAUUGAUUUAUCUGAAACAACCUUUGGAGAUUGUUUAUGAUAAAUUUCUUCAGUUAAUAAUUACAUCUAUCAUCUUUUCCAAUACGUUUGCCUUGAUAGUAUGUAUCAAAAUAUAUUUAUAUAAAAAAUCUAAAGAAGCAAAGCAAUAUCUAGAAUCCAAUCCACGUUUUGGUGAAAUGUUUGAUCUUAAAUUAUAUUGCUACCGAUUAGGAUUAAUUUCUUGGGUCAUUGUGAACCUCUGUUUGUUAUACAAAAGUAUUUUUAAAGAUAAUUUCACAAAUAUUGCUUUAAUAACAUCAAUUGGUUAUCAAAUAUUCUAUGUUCUAGAUUUAUAUUGGAGAGAGGAAGCACUUGUAACUACCUCAGCUUUCCAAUAUGAUCAAAUUAAUUAUUUUAUGAUAAUAAGACUAUGUACAUAUAUUCCAUUCAUUAGUACAAUUCCAUUGAUAUAUAUGAUUGAUUAUCCCAAUAAAAAUAAUAAUUACUGGUUAAUAGGCAUAUCAUUUAUAUGUUUUGUUUCUGGUUAUUGGAUUUACCUGAUAUCAACUAGAGAAAAAUAUAUGUCAUGCAAAAGUCCUAAUGAUCCAACUGUUUCUUAUGUGAAACGUAUUCCUUCUAUUGCAAGUAAAAAUGAAAGAUUUGUUUCAUCUUCAAAUUGGUGGAGUAAAGUCAGAUAUCCAAAUUACCUUGGUGAAUUUUUGAUGCACAUUGCUUGGACCUUACCCUGUGGUUUUCAACAUGUUAUACCCUAUCUUACAAUAUUUAUAAUAUUUGUUUAUUUUUUGAAACGAAUAUUACAUAUUGAAGAAAUCUGCAAGAAAGAAUAUUCUACAACUUGGAACAAGUAUAAAAGUAAUGUUCCAUAUCUUAUUUUCCCAAAAGUAUUUUAACUUCUUUGAAGAUAAAAACUGUGCAUACAAAUUUACUGGUUUUAUUUUAAAUAUAUAUACAUAUAUAUAUAUAUUUUUUAAUAAUUGUAGUGCCUUAUACACAUGUUGAAUUUCAUUGUGUGAUUUUACACUAUCCAUUUAUAAAAUGAAAGGUUUGUUGUUCAUCAUACAUUCAUUGUACAUUGUGAAAAUAUGUGAAAUAAUUACAAAUUUUAUGUUAAUAUUUGCAUGUUUUAAACAUUUUUUCAUCUGUCAUCUAUUCAUUUCAAUAUUCAUCCUUCAUAAUUGUAUUAAUUGACCAUUAAUCAUUUUAUAACCUGUAUUUGUAAAUAUUACUGAUAAAUUUAUUGAAAUAUUUGAAUAAAAUUAUGCCUAAAGAUUACCUCUCUUAAAUUGGCAAUAACAAAUAAAUACAUAUAUAUAUAUAUAUAUUUUAAAUUAAUACUUUUUUAGAAAAUAAAACCAAAUGAUUUUAAUUCAUUAUAUAAAUUUUUUCUAUUUAUUUCAUGUUUAUUAAAAUGUUAAAAGCAAAGUAGUAAUGACAAAUGAUUUUAAUAUAAAUUUACAAAAGAAUUCCCUUAUUGUAAUCAUCAAUGCAAAAAUUUUCACACCCACACACAAAACUCCACUUAAUGAUACCAUAACCAAAUUCUGAUUACUGUACAAUGUCUUUAGGUAAAUAGUCAUUUCUAAGCUUUUUUUUUUUUUUUUGUUUUGUUUUGCAGAAUUUGAAGAAUCCAGAAUAUUAAAAAGACAUAUUCAAGCAGUUAAAAAUAGCUUUAAAAUGUCUUUUUAUAUCAAUCAAUAAACUAGAAUUUUCUCUAACUGUAACUUUAUUUACUUAUCCAAUAUUUGUUAGUCAGUUAUUGUUACCAAUGUAGCUGAGUCCCAAAGUGAUUACAAUAGGUGGAUUAUACCUUAUUUUAUAUAAAAGAUGGAAAUGUUGAUUUGUUGUUUAGAAUUUCUUUUAUUUCAUUUUAUCAAACAGCUUACCUUAAUAACGACUUUAUGGUUAUUUAGACAAACUCACUUUCCCAUAAUAUUGAAUAUGUUGAAAAAAUUGUAGUUUAUAGAUUGAUCAUAGAUUUAUCUCUUAAUCUUUUCAUAUAUUAAUUUCAGUAAAAAUGAAUUUUGGAUCAGAUCUUGCUACAAUAUAUAUCAAAUAAUAGUAUGUUGUAUAUUUAUAUUACAUAGUUAUUUGUUUUUAUUUUUUUAAAUAUAUUAUAUCUGUCAUUCAUGUU